AUGCCCGGUGUUCAAGGUCCUGCAACAAGUUCAAGCCCUGCCUACGAGCCCAGUUUCGUUUCGUUUCCUCUCCGCUCGGACCGUUUUGGCCGACAACAAACAACGACGACAACGACAACGACAACACCAUCGUCAACUGGGGAAUCAUGGACGGCUGGUACGGCGGUGCUUGCUUCCUUCCAAAUAAUCCUCUUGGGUAUUUGGGCAAAGCCAUCAACACCAAAGACGCGACUUACUCUGGCAACCGCCGCUCUGAGUGUUGCAGUGUCUCUGAUUUCAGUUCCCCUCUCGCACCUUGAGCAUAAGCGCUCUAUUCGUCCAUCUUCCAUUUUGAUUGUCUCCUUGUUAUUCUCUACCUUGUUUGAUAUUGCUCGUACCAGAACAUUGUGGAACAUCACCGGCAAUGCGACCAUCUCUAUUAUGUUCUCCAUAACCCUUGGGGUCAAGGUUGUAUUGCUAUCUCUGGAAGCGCUCGGGAAGCGGGUUUUAUUAAAGCCCCUAUACAAGGACGCCCCGUCAGAAACUACCACUGGUAUCAUCGGCCAAAGUAUGUUCUGGUGGUUGAACCCCCUCCUUAGACGAGGAUAUAAGGUGUUGAUAUCUAUGGACGAUUUGAUGACUUUGGACGAUGAUUUUGUGACAACACCUGAUGGGAAGAGUGGAUUAUACCUUCAAUGGGAAAAAGUUUCAAAAGGACGGUCAACACACGCUCUUCUGAUUGCCUCCAUCAAAUACUUCAAAUGGCCGAUCAUGGCAGGCCUCAUUCCUCGUUUCGCCCAGAUCGGAUUUUUCUUUGCUCAACCCUAUCUUGUGGGCAGAACGACGGUUUUCAUAUCGGACCCGAAUGGCACCAAGAAUGAAGGCUACGGUUUGAUAGGAGCAUUCGCUUUUGUAUACGUCGGCCUUGCGAUUUCGACGGCUGUGGCCCAGCAUACAGUCUUUCGGGUAAUCGCAAUGCUGAGAGGGAGCCUCGUGGAGCUUAUUUAUAGCAAAACAAUGGUACUGGAAGCUACAACUAUCGAGGAAAGUGCCCCAGUCACGUUGAUGAGUGCCGAUAUUGAGAGGAUCUCAACCGGCCUCCGAUUUAUCCAUGAUUCAUGGGCAUCAUUUGUGCAAAUUCCGCUUGCCCUCUACCUGCUGUGGCGAGAACUCGGUGUGGCAAGUAUGGCACCACUUGGGGUGGCCAUUCUGUGUAUGUUAGGGGCUGUCGCCAUUUCGUCUUUGGCGGGUGCGCGACAGGCAAUUUGGCUCGAAGCAAUCCAAACCCGGGUUGACGCUACGGCACAGAUGCUUGGUACUAUGAAGGGAGUAAAGAUGACAGGAUUGACAGACAAAUUAUUCACCAUGAUUCGAGGACACAGGGAUGAAGAAAUAACAAAAUCGCAAAAGUUUAGAGAAUUGCUUAUCGUCAUGGUUGGAAUCUCGUUUAGUAACUUAGCUAUCUCCCCCGUUAUCUGCUUUACUAUCUAUACUCUCUUGGCCAGACGAAAUGGAACCGAAACCCUUACCACUCCAAAGGCAUUUACGUCUCUCGUGUUAUUCAACAACCUCGCCAUACCAAUUACCUUGCUCGUUCAGGCCGUGACAGGUCUGGCAACAGCUGUUGGAUCUAUUGAGAGAAUCAACAAGUUCCUUUUGGAAGAACCUAGGAAAGAUGGAAGGGCACAUACAGGAUUUUUCAGUAGCGAAACACUCGUCGAGGGUGCUGACAGCUCCUCUGAAAAGCUGACUGAAAAGGGAAAGAGCAGCAAGUCAGUUCUCUUUGAAAGCCGAGAUGCGAGUUCUGGGUGGUCAGCGGAGAAGCCAGCAGCUAUCAGCGGCCUUACGUUCCAAAUCCCGAGUUCAAGUUUGACAAUGGUUGUCGGGCCUGUCGGAUGUGGGAAAUCAACGUUCAUAAACACCCUCUUGGGCGAAACGCCGGUUAAUAAUGGUUACUUGAGCGUCAGCACGUCUACGAUUGCAUAUUGCAGUCAGACUUGUUGGCUUAAGAACGAUACUGUGCAGAAUAAUAUUCUCGGCGAAUCCCAGUUUGAUCUUCAAUGGUACAAUACCGUUCUACGGGCUUGUGCCCUCGAUCACGAUAUCAAGAUCUUCCCUCGCGGGGACCAGUCAAUGGUAGGAAGCAAAGGAGCAGUAUUGAGUGGGGGACAGAAGCAAAGAUUAGCUCUCGCUCGAGCCGUGUACUCGAAGAUGCCCACGGUAAUCCUUGAUGAUGUGUUGAGCGGUUUAGAUCCGACUACCGAAGAUCAUGUAUUCCACGCCUUACUCGGAGCCGAUGGAAUAUGGCGGGAAAAUGGCACCAGCGUGGUCGUAACAACAAAUAACAUUCACCGACUACCAUACUCUGAUCAUAUCAUCGUUAUUGGAGAGGAUGGAAAGCUUAUCCAACAAGGUAGUUUCGUGACUUUGAAUUCGACUAAAGGAUAUAUUCAAAGCCUGGCAAUCCAACACGAUGAUGAUUCUGAUACAGUCAAGAAGGAUGAUGCUGGUCUACCACCAGCACCGCUUGCUAACCCGGCACAUGAGGGGCCACGGGAAGAAGGUGAUAGGCGUACAGGCGACAUGACGAUCUAUCUCUACUAUAUUAGGGUCAUGGGAAUCAAACGCUCUCUUAUAUUCAUUCUAGCUCUAUGCUCUUAUGUAUUCUGCCUCACUUACCAACCUGUUUGGGUUGAAAAAUGGGCGGCAUCCAAUGACAUAAAUCCAAACAAUAAUCUAGGAUACUGGCUUGGGAUUUAUUAUUUCCUCGCCGCGCUGGCAGUUUUUUCUGUCGUGGCUUCGUGUUGGCAUCUUAUGAAAAAUUUGGUAGCCCAAGCCGCCAGGAAGUUCCAUGAGGAGCUACUCAAGACUGUUCUAAACGCUCCGAUGUCGUUCUUCUCUACUACAGACGUCGGUAAUACAGUAAACAGAUUCAGCCAGGACCUUCAACUCAUUGAUAUGGAGUUGCCCAUUGCGAUGCUUAACACUGUAUUAUCAUUCCUCACUUGUCUUGCCCAAUUAAUCGUGAUUUGUGCCACAACGAAAUACAUUGCGGCCACCGUUCCAGUGGCUAUAGGAACUUUUUAUCUCAUUCAGCGGUACUACCUCCGGACAUCCCGACAACUCCGUUUUCUAGAUAUCGAAUCCAAGGCACCACUUUUCUCGCAUUUCUUGGAAUCUCUGAGCGGACUCGUGACCAUUCGAAGCUACGGUUGGGUAGAAAAGUAUUGUGUUCGAAAUGCCAAGCACAUCAACGACUCACAAAAGCCGUUCUAUCUCCUAUUCUGCAUUCAGCGUUGGCUUGAGUUAGUAGUUGGACUUUCGGUUGCUGGAUUAGCAGUCUUGCUUGUGGGUGUGGCCGUAUCAACCAAGGGGCAAAUCAGCGCAGGUUUCAUUGGCGUUGCCCUAGUUAACAUUGUCACAUUCAGUGAGAAUCUUCAAGCACUAAUCACGCAUUGGACUGUUUUAGAAACAUCCAUUGGGGCAGUUUCCAGAGUUCGAAGCUUUGCAAAGACUCCUUCAGAAAAUCUACCCGAGGAAACCGGCACCCCACCGGACAGCUGGCCAGACAAAGGGGGUAUUGAAUUUAAGGACGUAGUUGCUUCAUACAAGGCUGAUGCGGAUCCCGUCCUCAAGACGAUUAACCUCUCGAUUCCUGGAGGGAAAAAGGUGGGCAUCUGUGGUCGAACGGGAAGCGGCAAGUCAUCUCUCGUAUCGACCCUCUUCCGCAUCCUAGAGCUUGAUAGCGGUUCCAUCUACGUUGAUGGAGUCGACCUUGCCACUCUCCCACGACAAGAAAUUCGAUCCAGGUUAAUUGUUGUUCCUCAAGACCCAUACCUCUUUGAUGGAUCCGUCCGUUUGAACGUAGAUCCAACAGGAGAACUUCCUGAUGAGGCCAUUGAGGGGGCGUUGAAAAAAGUCCAACUCUGGGAUACUAUCCACGAAUCUGGCGGUCUCUCAGCCCGCGUUACAAAUGAUUUCUUCUCUCAUGGCCAGAAGCAGCUUCUUUGUAUUGCCAGCGCCAUGUUACGCAAGGGAAAUAUUCUUGUUCUUGAUGAGGCUACUAGCAGCGUGGAUUCGCAAACAGACGCUGUUGUGCACUCGCUGAUCCGGACCGAGUUUGAGCACCACACCGUCAUCGCCAUCGCACAUCGCCUGGAUAGCAUCCUCGAUUUUGACCAAGUCAUUUACAUGGACAAGGGAGAGAUCAGGGAAAGUGGCAACCCGAUGCAACUCCGUGACACUCCUUUCAGCGCCUUCCGGGGACUGUAUUUGGAUUCAAAUCCGGGCUAUGCGAUUUCGUCCUCAGUCGACGAUGACGAUGACGCAGGUAGUAUGACCGAGAUGGAACUUCAGAGAUAUGGGUUUAAACCAGACGUAGUGGGGUGGAUUGGUUAA